UCAAGCACUUUUGCUCAAUUCGGCAGAAAAUUGAAAAGGAAAUCAACUUAGUUCGUGGAAAAACAAAAAAUUCAUUGGCUUGCUUAUCUGAAGAAGCGCGGCCGGGGAACAUUGUCAGCAGAUAGGUUUGGCAAGCGAUAAGCGCAAGAUAAGUUUAAUUGAAAUUGGCUGGGCGCUUGUUCGAACAUAAUUGAAUUAAGUAAAAUUAAAAAAUUGUUAACGCUCGUGUUGUUUUGUCGCGGCAAUUCGCGUAUUUAUCCAUGCCCAAUCUGGGCUACGUUCGCCGCGAAACUCUCCAAUCUGCGCGACUAUAAAAAGACAGCGCCGCGCUGCAAAGUUCAUUCAGUGUUUGUUCAACUAUCAACCAGUUAACCCUUCAGCAUUUGUGAAAUGAACAUGUCUGGCAUGUACCUUUUGGCGAGCAUCCUGUGCGUGGCUGUUGCCGGCAGCCUGGCCGAAUCCAUUCUGGAGGGCAAUUAUAAUGUGACCGCGUUGUGUACGAGCGUAAAAUAUGGCGUUCAAGUUGGCAGCCUCGAGUCCUGUGACUAUUACUAUGUCUGCACCGCUUCCGGGCCAGUUAAGACCUAUUGCCAGACAGGCUAUGCCUACAAUUAUGUAACACAAACCUGCAGUCCGGAGGCUCAGGUUAAUUGCUAUUACGGUGUGGAGAAUCCCUGUGCGGGUUCUACCGGCGACAAAUGGGUGCCAGUUGCCGGCACCUGCAAUCAAUGGAUCUACUGCAAGAACGGCGUCAACAGCGGCCAGGGCUCCUGCGGCGCCUUGAGCUUUGACCCGACCAGCCAGAAUUGCACCUAUGCGCCCUGCAAUACCUUGCCCGAUGCCGAUAUCAAUUACUGCAGCGUAGUGCCGCCCGGCAUCUUUUUCGGCUCCACAACCGAUUGCAAGACAUAUAACUAUUGCUAUCCAAAUGGUAAACUGACUUCAGCCAAUUGCGAGUUUGCAUUCGUUGUACAGCAGGACGGCUGUGGCUACGACACGGGCAGCAAUUGCGACAGAGUUGUAGCUGAAGCAGUUCCCGAUAGUUGUGACAACACCGGUGACGUAGAACCUGAUAAUUCAACAUGUGGCAACUAUUACUAUUGCAAUAGCAACAAAUAUGUGACGAUGAGCUGUCCCAUUGGUCAGUAUUUUGAUACUAUCCAAAAAAAGUGUGUCGCACGCCAACAAGCUGUCGCUGCUGAAGGCUGCAAUCGCUGCCAGUAUGCCAACACGCCGUUCGUGAAUAACGUGAACUAUGACAGCUGCAACACCUACUACUACUGCUCGAAUGGUGUCAACGGAGCGGUCACGACCUGCCCAAGCGGCUACUUCUUCAACGAGAGCGAACAGGGCUGCGCCAGCAUGUCUGGACUUGGAUCGUAUGUUACUACUAACGGUGCUUGUCAUGGAGCUGAAGUCCCAGCCACAACAACAGGUGCCCCCUCUAGCGAUUCUACCGAUUCGGAAGUAACUGAAUCUACCGCAUCUGACACAACGACAGAAAUCACAACAACAGAAAACGACGCUGGCAAAUAAACCAACAACAAUCUGCGACAAACAUCGAAAAAUGACUACUAUCACUAUCAAAAC